AACCACAAAGAAGUGAAGCUUUGAAUUAGAUCUCAGUCAUGGGAGUAAUGUUAGGCUAUUCAAUUCCUUUCCUUUUCUUAACUCUGUUUGCCACCGCGAACCCUUUCAAUUCCGCAGUUCACGGAGGAAUCUGCACCGAAUCUAAAAAGUCCACCCUCUUGAUCGUUUUCGGCGACUCAUUCUUUGAUGUUGGCUACGGUAAUGAAGAACUUUGUCUUCCAUCUAAAGGCCAACCAUAUGGGAAAUCACUUGACCUCCAGCAAGUUGCCCCUGGAAGAUUCUCGGAUGGUCUUCUAGUGCCUGAUUAUAUUGCCAAACACCUAGGCCUGGAUAAUAACGGCAGAAUUGCUUCAUACAAGCAUAACUUAGAUAUCCAACAAACAUUACUAGGCCAAGGCAAAGGAUAUGCUAGUUUGAGCUUUGCCAUGGCCGGAGCAGGUGUCAAGCAAAGUCGCAGAUAAGGUAUAUAUGCAAGCAAAUUAAUUAAGUUUCUAAUU